UCUCUCUACUUCCUCUCAGACCACUCUGAGGUUUAGUUCUUGUUGCCGCCCCGUGUGAAGCAGCUGUGGUGACAGCAGAGUUUCAGCAGCUGGUAGUCAAAACGUGCUGCUUGUUCAUCAUGAAGGUUGUGCUGCUGCUGAUGCUGCUCACAGUGUCAGGAUGUGACGGCAUGAGAGUUGUUGGUUAUACGGGUCAGAAUGUGACUCUGCCCUGUAAAUAUGAUAUAAAACGCCGUGGAGCAGUAGAAGUUUGCUGGGAAAAAGGAGAAAUACCAGCAUAUGGCUGCAACAAUCAGCUCCUCUCUACAAACGGAUAUAAAGUUGAGACCAGAGCUUCCAGCAGGUAUCAGCUACUGGGACGACUGGAUCAAGGAGACGUUUCUCUGACCAUCCUCAACUUCACAGACGAAGAUGCUGGAAGAUACGGCUGCAGAGUGCAGAUAACAGGACCGUUCAAUGAUCAAAAACAUCACUUUGACUUGGCAUUUGAAAGAGCUCCGACCACCCGGGCUCCAUCAGAACCUCGGACGUCCUCAGAGAGACCAGCUGCUGCUCAGACUGCAGCAGAUCAGCUGACCACAGAGAGCCUCCUGACUUCCUGUUCGAAUAGCAGCAGCUUCACACAGGAGCAGCAGCAGGAGGGCAACAUGCUGAUCGUGGUGCUGGUUCUGUUCCUGCUGGUGGUUCUGCUCACUGCAGCAGGACUCUUCAUCAUGGCCAGAAGAUGGAAGCAGCUCAAACUGCCUCCCCAGCAGCAGCAGCUCCAGAUCCAGUUCAGCUCCACCUCCUCCACCCUGCAGCUGCACCAGCGGGCCUCCGUCGUGGAGAACGUCUACCAGAUAGACGGAGCCGCCGACAGGGGAGGAGACUACGAGUUCUGCCCCUGAGGCUCCGCCCACUUCCAGCAUCGCCAUGGAGACGGAAACAUAACGGGAGCCGUCCAAUCAGAGCUCAGUUGGCAGGUUGAUGUUCAGGUCAGAAGGUCAGGUUAGGAUGAGGUUCAUCAUUAAUAUUAUUAUCGUUACUGUUACUAAUGUCUGACAUGAAGCUUAAAUGUUUAAAACGAGGAUUAAUGAAUCAUUUUUAAUGAUCUGAGCUUCGUUUCUGACCGUGAUGCUAAACACUGAAACACUCAUGAAUCAAAACCUGGAAGGUCAGGGGUCAGAGGUCAGAGAGUGGAAUGACCUCACUAGAGAGGAAACUUCCUGCUGGGAACCGUUAAACUCUGUGGGGAAACAUAAAACUUUCUGCUGGAUCAGAACCGGUUCUGGUUGGUGGGGGAACCCAGCGCUUCUGGUUCUGGUUCUGGUUCUGGUUCUGGAGCUCCUGUAAGAAGCAGGUUCUAACCAGACGGCUGCCGUUCUUAUUUUUCUGUUUGUGAACUUUGUGAUUUUAUUUCUGUGUUGAUAGAAAUAAAUUUGACUUAUUAAUUUCUGCCUGGAAACCUGAGAAACUGUUGAUCCAUUAAAUCCACUGAAAACUUUUUACUGCAGACCAUGAACAGAGUCUGACUGACUGAAGGCUGAGGCUCAUAGUUAAUCUUAAUCCCAGUGUAAAGUCAGAUUAAAGUGUUUCUGUAUUUUAACAUCUGUUUCUUUGAUGCUUCGUCUCCUUUUUUGUUUUUUUCUUUGUCGUUUUGUGAAUCCGUCUGGUUUCCUAUGGAAAUAAAACCUGACGGUUUUUUUCCAGUCACCUGCCGACAUUUGAGACGUUGAACGUGAAUCUACAACAACAACCUGGAAUAUAAUCCAUAUAAUCCCUCCCUAAUCUGCUCCUCUAAAGCUGAGCUGGGAGUCAGACUGUCUGGAUGCUUUGGUCUUCUUCCUACCUUGAAAUAACUUCACUAUUUAUCAGUAAUUAUAUUUAACAUCUCAAUAAAAUCUGUUUAAAUUCA